AUUCUAAUCCACUCACUCCCAUAUAACCCUUUUCAUCCCACCAAAAUUCAUACCAAUCCCUCUCAAAACUCCAAAUCAAACCAAAAAGGUUAAAUUUGUGUGGGAUCUACCCACACAUAUUCUUCCUACCGUGUCGUUAAUUAAAUAACACGGAAGGAUAAUAGUAAGAUAAAUUAAUCUCAUGAUGCACACUAACACUACUUCACCCUGAAAAAAAUUAUUCAAUUAAGAAAAACCAUCAUCAUCAAACUGGGUUCUAAUUAUGGAAGUUCAACGUAUGAAGGAAUUGAUGACACUUAUGUCUACUUCACAACUUAAACGCGUCGGUCUUGUGGGUGGAAACCAUACCGCUGCUCGAUUUUGCAGUCGCUAAAAUUCUCCAUUCUACCCUCGCUCAAAAAUUCCCUCUCUUUUUUCGUCUCUCUACCUACAUAUAAAAAUUAUUCACCUAAAUUCUCUAUAUAAUUCACAUCAUUUAUUAUUCUCCUUUUGUUAAAUAAUUUUUUAUCAUCAAUAUGGCUAUAUUUCACCGCUUACUUCUUUUAAUUAUUUUAGUUUUAGCUUCUGCAAGCAAUGUCGUUAGGGGCGAAAAUGUUAAAUCAAACCUUGUUGCGUCGAGAAAAUUAUACGGUUUCUUGUCAGAGGCAAAGAAAAUUGCAUUGCAGAAUCUUGAAGAUGUUCUAUUAGAGCCACCGAGAGCUGCAUCAGGAAAAUCGCGACAAUAUUUGAAACGAACAAGGUAUCUACCCGAUUUAAUGGGAGAUUCACUGGAAAGCUAUUCUCGUCAUGUUUUCAUCGAUGUAGGGUUACCGGAAAAAGAAGGAGGAAGCGGUACCGAUUGGUUUUCAAAGAAUUAUCCGACAAGAAACAAGAAGUUCGAGAUGUAUAAGAUAGAAACGAUGUCAGGGAAGGAAGUGUCGUCGUCAGAGAUUGGAAUGUCGGAUUGGUUGGAUAAGAAUGUUAAAGAGGAAGAGUAUGUUGUGAUGAAAGCUGAAGCUGAAGUUGUUGAAGAAAUAAUGAGAGGUAAUUCUAUUGGUUUAGUUGAUGAACUUUUCUUGGAAUGCAAGCCACACGGUUCGAAAAUCAAGAAUAAAAAACGAAGGGCUUAUUGGGAAUGUUUGGCUUUGUAUGGUAAGUUAAGGGAUGAGGGUGUUGCAGUUCAUCAAUGGUGGGGUUAAUUAAGAGAAUUAAAGAAUAAUGAAUGGUGUGAUUAAGUGUUAAAUGAAAGAGAUUAGGUGGUGUGUUUUAUGUGUAGGUGCUAAUUAAGAGAAAGAUUUGAAAAGAGAUUGGGAUUUCAGAGACAGAGAGGGCUGAGAGUGGAUUGGUCCUGGCAAAAGAAAAAAAAAAUAAGUUUUUUAAUUUUCAUUUUGUGUGUGUUUUACUUUUAUUUUUAAUUUCAUGGGUUGUUGUAAUUCUGCAUUUGUUUUUAAUUAUUAUAUUAUAUAUAUAAUGUGUUGUGAAGAGAUUAUGAAAAUGAAUGAGAUGUAAUUCUAUGUGUUGUUACAAUUCAUAACAUAUAAUGUAUAGUCACCAUAGUGAUAGUAUUCACAUUGAUAAAAUGAUCAUUAAUUGCAGUUACCUAUCCGGGUAAAAAAAAGUUU